AUGAUCCGGGUGUCUGCUUGGCUCCAUCCUGUGCUGGAUGCACUGGUGGAGAAGGUCACGAGUCUGCGGACGCGGCUGGAGCAGCUGAACGGCGCCCUGGAUGCCGCCUAUGUGCUGGCGCGGGCCCGUGGACAGAAGGUGCAAAAGCCCGCGCCCUCUGAGAAGAUGUGCUUUCGGGCGCGAGAGGCCAUUCAGCGGGCCUUCUUGAGCGGCAAGAGCAGCCAUGCAGGGCAGAUGCUGCAAAUCGCAGAUGAGCCGCGCGGCAAGUUGCGGGCGCGGAGCGCGCCGGAGCGGCUGCCCCAUCUGCAGCGGGGCCUGGGGGACGCCUGCGCCUCCCUGGGCCGCGUGCUCGGCUCCGCGGAGUUCCGGCGCCACGUGGGGGAGGUGGACAUGCGCCAGCUGGAUGUGGGGUCCGUGGAAUCCUUGCAGGCAACUCCUCGCGAACGUCGGCAGUUGGCCAUUGCACCGGAGCCCUACAUGGUGAAGGCUGUGACGGAUCGGGCGCAGGCAGGGAUCUUGUUCAGUCCACAGGACGGGGUCCAGCAGAGGUCCCUGGAGGUGGUCAAGGCUGUCACGGAGCCGCAGGAGGAUGCGGUCACCAUCACGCCGAGCCGCAGCGAGCGCAGCGAGCGAUCGCUGCACAGCUGGCGCGUGUCGGAGCCGGGCCUCUCCUUCGAGGUAUCGCGGCUGCGGGUGGGGAGCGGCCGAAGGGACCAGCGGGGGCUGGAGCUGAGCCCGGGGCAGCUGUGGAUCUUCGGCAAGGGCUCAAGCACCAAGGUGAAGUCGGCGGUGCGGAUUCCUGACGGCCUGGACCCGCGGAGUGGGAGCUCGAAAGACCGAGUGAUGCUAAGAUCAGACAAGGUCCUCGAGAUGUCCGUCAGGGUCUGCAAGGAAGAGGUGAUGCAGCAAAAGGACAGCGGGGGUUUUAGCUAA